CUCUCGGAGCUAAUGGGAGUGUGGGGAGUAAAAAGGGAGCAGGGGCUGGGAGCCGGCAGAGGCAAGUGGUCAGAGAAGUGUCGUGUUUCUCAGGGUGUCACACACCCUAAAUACCCAAAUUCAAUGGUCUCUUCAUGAGGAACACUACAGGCUUCUUUCUUUACUUUUUUUUUUUUUUUUUUUCCCCAAGUCCCGUAUAGUUCCGGGUUUUUGGUUGAUUUUUUGUUGUUGUUCCUGUUGUUGGUUUAUUUGUUUGUUUGUUUUCUCGGGACUUGUGUCGAGUUGAGAGAGGCUUUUUUAGGUGCGGAUCUGGACGGGAUGGACCCGAGGGGCGAGGACAGGGACCUGGAGGGAGAGGGCAGCCUGCUGGGACGGGGUGGGUGUGUGUGGGUGUGUGAGCGACAGGGAAAACCGCGCGUGUGUGGGUUUAUUUUUUCCUCUCAUUCCUGGGGUCUGAAUGGAAGCACGUUGGGCUGUAAUUAAGACAUCUUGGAGGCGUACUUAACUCAUGACGUGUUGCUUUUCUUUUCCUCUCGGUGAGAAAGUGGCUCUCUCUUCCCGGGAUCAGGUCCUCUGCCACCCAGAGCCACAAAAGACACUCGGGACAUAGACACAGACACAGACACACACACACGCUGACUUAAGGUGAGCACCAAAAACUUCCUCCUGCACCUCGCUGCCCUCCGUUUCAAACUGCUGGAGAGUCCUGAGAGCAUCUCAACUCGCAGGGAGCUCUACACAAGUGAAGAAGAUUCUUUUGGCUAUAAAGAUGAAGAGUCUACUUUUUCUGGUGCUGAUCUCUGCCUGCUGGGCUGAACCUCACCCUGGCAAUUCAAGUCUGGAGCAUGAAAGAAUUGUUCACAUUCAAGAAAAUGGGCCCCGUCUCCUCGUGGUAGCAGAGCAAGCCAAACUCUUCUCUCGCCGCGGCGGCAACGUGACACUGCCAUGCAAAUUCUACCACGAGCACACGUCUGCAGCCGGCUCAGGACCCCACAGAAUCCGCGUCAAGUGGACCAAACUCACUUAUGAUUACCUCAAGGAAGUGGACGUGUUCGUGGCCAUGGGGCACCACAGGAAGAGCUAUGGGAGCUACCAGGGCAGAGUGUCCCUGCGGGAGAGCAGUGAGAACGAUGCCUCGCUCGUCAUCACCAACAUUAUGCUGGAGGACUACGGCAGGUACAAGUGCGAGGUGAUCGAGGGUCUGGAGGAUGACACGGCAGUGGUGACUCUCAAUUUGGAAGGUGUGGUGUUCCCCUACUCGCCACGUCUGGGGCGGUACAACCUGAACUUCCACGAGGCGCAGCGGGCGUGUGCGGAGCAGGACUCGGUGAUGGCCUCCUUUGACCAGCUCUACGAUGCCUGGAGGUCGGGGCUGGACUGGUGCAAUGCCGGCUGGCUCAGCGAUGGCUCCGUGCAGUACCCCAUCACCAAGCCCAGGGAGCCCUGUGGCGGCAGGAACACCGUGCCCGGCGUCAGGAAUUACGGGUUCUGGGACAAGGACAAGAGCCACUAUGACGUCUUCUGCUUCACGUCCAACUUCAACGGUCGCUUCUACUACCUGAUCCACCCCACCAAGCUGACCUACGACGAGGCCGUGCAGGCGUGCCUGAAGGACGGCUCCCAGAUUGCCAAGGUGGGGCAGAUCUUCGCGGCCUGGAAGCUGCUGGGCUACGACCGCUGCGAUGCGGGCUGGCUGGCAGAUGGCAGCGUGCGCUACCCCAUCUCCCGGCCACGGAAGCGCUGCAGCCCCAGCGAGGCCGCCGUGCGCUUCGUCGGCUUCCCCGACAAGAAGCACAAGCUGUACGGGGUCUACUGCUUCAGGGCCUACAACUGAGAGAGUACAUCUAGAGUGUGACAGCUGUUUGGGGGUUUCUUUUUAAAUGUGUGAAAGAAUUUUUUUUUGUCCUCAGUAUGAACUCAUGCAAGCUACCAAAACUGUGAUAAACCUCUUUUACUUACUGUAAAGAGUCAUUUUCAUAGGCACUCCCUCCCCCAAACCCAUUGGUUUGUUUUUGGAUUUGUUUUUAGUGUUUUGGUUUUGUUUUGUUUUGGGUUUUUUUGUGAAAAUAUCAUUCCAUAGAUAUUUUAAAUUAAUAUAAUUUAAUGGGAGCUCUAUGUAAGGAACUUUUAGAUUCAAAUUCUUUAAGCUAUGUCAUCCCAAAAAAAUUAUAAUUUUAAUGAAUGAGGCAUGCAAUAGAGCUUGACAAUUGCUAGGGCACAAUUAUGGAGUGUAAGGCUACUCAAAGCAGAAGCUUUUAAAAGCACAGAUUUUACAUAUUUUUACCAGUUUGAGAAACACUGCAAAUUGAUUAUGACAGGAAUUUUAAAAUAAAACUAUCUUUUUGUUAAAGGGGAUCAGUGAGGUUUCGCUAAGAAAUCUCACAACAAUAUAUGUUAGUAAAUAACUAUUUUCAGUGGUUCACAUGGGAACAACAGAGAGUUUAAUAAAAGCAGCCAAAACGGUCCACAAAAAUAGGACUAGUUUUACAACUUCAGAACUUGCCUUUCUGAAAAAUAAGCUCACAGUCCCAUGCAUAGGAAGAAGCACAAUUAGUUCUCCUGAACAUUUCAAUUGUGUUUUUGUUGUGUAUAAAUCAUUGAAUGAAUAAUUAACUUACGAGAAAACUCUUGGUUUUUUUCUUAUCUCCAAUUAAAGUUGCCUGAGAAGGGUUGUAUUACCUUUGAGUAGCUUUACUGAGCUAUUUUUAAACUCUUAAAGGUAUUUGCUAAGCAGCAUAAUAGCAUCUACUCAGGGCAGUUGUAUAAAUGAAACUGCUGGACAGAGAAAUUGUAAACAUUAGCAGCUUGAUUUUACAUUAGCCUUUGAAAUGUUAUUGUCUUAAUUAAAGAACAUUACAAUAUUUAAUAUUUCUUAGCUAUUUACACAUCAUAAAAAAUAAAAAUUAGAAAAAAAUAUUUAAAAUUGUGAAGUCUUAAACAAAGACAAUUAGACAAAAUCUGAAACCAGCUAUUAUGUUUUAGAAGAGAAAAAGAAAAAAAAAAAACCACACUUCAUUUCCUUACAUCUUAUUUGUAUCUAAAAAGUACAUCUGUUUUUUAAACUAUCAAUGAAAUAACAUAGUAUCGCUAGCCCUGAAUUACUUAGUUAGUCCUCCUUAGAGUCAACAGAAAAUAAAGCUAUUAGAAUACUUCUUUUCACUAAAUCUACAGUGGUCUAAGUGGAAGAUGUUUACCUAAAUCUGCCAGUGUCAGAGAAACACACACACUGUGCAUGGUGCCUAGGAUUUUCAGAGCUGCCUAAAGCACUCGGUACUCCCUAAGUACCGUUUUGAGGGAAUUUGGGAUUUCUAGUGCAAACUCACUUUGGAUGCAGCAAUUCUUGGUGCUCAUCUUCAGAUACCUUAAUGCAACCAAUUCUUCAGAGAGCAGGUGCUCGAGGCUUUCUGAAAUUUACUCAACUUAUGGUGUCUCAAGCUGGAUAUCCAAAAAGAAAAGGAAGAGAGGCCACUGAUUAAAAAUAUCUUGGUCUCUGGUAAUCUCUUCAGUGUGUUUUGAUGUUCUCUAUCCAGUAUUGGUUCUACCACUUAAAAAUGGAGAACUCUUUUUCCUACUUUACGCUUGCUGACUACAAAGAACUCAGAGGACCAACAUUUGUAUUUACGCAAAGUUUUAUAGUUGCCCACUGUUUCCAUAAUUUAAGAGGUAUAGUGGUAUUUAUCCAACUAGGACGCAACCUGUAUGCUUUGAUGAAUGGUUGGGUGUAGCUAUUUCCCCGUGGACAUGAGUAAAUACAUCUCUUCCCCAGAGUGGUUGUGGUCCUGUUUUAAGACUCUGUGAGCAAACCAGAAACAAGAUAUGGAAAGGGGCCAUAACGUAAGAUAUGUUUUACUGGAGUUCAUUCUCAUUGAACUCAGAAGCAAAUUUCCAUCCUUCUGGGAAUAUUUGUAUUCUCUGUGGAUGUCUAUUCAUACUUUAUAGAUGGAGAAAUAGUGCCAAACCUGCCCCCCCUCCCCCUCCUCCCCCCUUUUUUUUUAAUCCACUAGGAAUUGGAUUUUCUCAAAAUGGUAUUCCUUAGUUAUAAAUAGGGACUUACUACAGGUCAAGUCCCUAAAACCAUGCAACCUUUUUUGAACAGCCAUUUUUCAAAUUGGUGUCCAUUUCACACAUUUUCUCAGCCUAUUCAGAACCUUCACUGAAAGCUUUGGAGAAGAAAAUGGAAAUGGAAAUGGAAAUGGAAAUGGAAAUGGAAAUGGAAAUGGAAAUGGAAAUGGAAAUGGAAAUGGAAAUACAACCAGAAUGAGUGGGUUACGCAAGAAGAGACAAUGAUUGAGAGGAAUACAUGUCAUUCCUCCAUCCAAACUUCAGAAAAUUUGGAAAAAAAUGGAGACUAUUCUACACUUUUUCCUUCUGAAGUUUGGACAGGGAGGAUGUGGGAUGAGAAAAGGUGUAGAGAAUAUCCAAGUAAUUACCACAGCUAGAUCCAGAGUUGCUGUAAAGUAGGUAGCCUUAUGUAGCUGGCUCUACCCUCCCCAAAGGUCUGCUGCAUCUGGAGGAGGCUGCACCAUUUUCUUAUUGCACAGAGGUGAAGAGACCCUCAUGAUUUUUUUUGGUUUUUUUUUUUUUUUUUUUUGUACCUCUCCAAAGAAACCUCCCACAGGGUUUCACCCAGACACAUUUUUUGAUUUUUUUUUUUUUUUUUUUUUAGCAGGAAUGGGGAUUAUAUUUUUGCCUGCAUUAAAAAAAAUGUACACAUCCAACCCACUCAUGGGGCUGGCUGAAGUGCCCUCACUGCUAGACCAAAGGCACUGCGGGAAAGGCCAAGUUCAGCCUUUCACCAAUUUGGCAAUGCUCUGGAGAUGGCUGGUCAGGUCCUAAAUCACAGCAAUCUCAGGCUUGCUCUUGUUUUUGCCUUCUGUGUCCACAUCUUCCCCAGGCUGGCCACUGCCACGGCCUGGGCAUAGCAUCCCCUGACCCUCCCCUGCUUCCAGCAUCCCCCAAAUCCCAGCACAACCCCAGGAUGGUGGCUGAGCAGGCUCUGCACCACCCACCCAGGGGUGUCCCCCUGGCCUGGCAGCACGAGGAGGGUAACGAAGGGUCAGGGUGUCCAGAGGGACACUGAGCUGGUGUGUGACUCACAGGUGGCCAAAUUUUACCGCUGGGUUUUGUCACCUAUGGGUUUGCCUUGGAGGCAUCGCUUUGCUAGGGGUCAUGAUCUGACGUGUGGAGUCACAGGGUGUGGGCUCACACCCACUGUGUUGCUCACCAGGAGCUCGGUAGUCUAAUUUGGGAUCAGGCUAGAUUUAGGUCUGUGUGUUGAUAUUCGGCAUUAUGUGCUAUUAUAACAGCUAAUUGGAUAGUCUGGUGAAAAUAUGUUUGUAUGGAAAAAAAAAUAAGUGUGUAAAAAAAUCAUUACUUCUAAUGUAAGCAGGUAUAAAAACUAUAAGAAACGUGCAUGAUUACCUGAGAAGUGGGCACAAAUAGACAAAAAGACACAAAUUAUAUUUAUUUUUACAGCUAAUGACUCCAUUUCCUUUUGUAAUGUCAAAUGUCAGGAUGUUCUCUUAUUUUCAACUAAGCUAGCUAGGUGCUUGAAUAAAAACUUCAAAAGCAGCUUAAUAACUGGAUUAAAGCCUGUGCUAUUUUCUGUUGAUGAGAGAGUAUUGUUAGCAUCGUGUUCUCUGUCGUUAUCUUCUAUUUCACAAUGUAUCAGAAUUUUAAUGCCCAUGAAUUAACAACAAUUAAAUCAUGUUGUUCUUUCCAAAAUGACAACUUCUCCUUAUUGACUGGCCAUUCUACUUCUGUCCCAGCAAAUACAAACAGGGAAGGAAUAGAUCAAAAUAUGAAAAUAAUUACUUUGCCUUAGUGAACAGCACAAUUAUGAAACUAAGUGGUAGGAGGGAAAGGACUAAUCUGUGAAUAUGAUUCACAAAGAAAAUAAAGAUAACUGUAUUCCAAGUCCUUUGGUUUAUGCUUCUUUGAAGCAUUUUUAAAGUAGAAGUGCAAGUAUCAAUUUCUUCUUUGUGUUUUCUGCCAUCUUCUAAAA